AUGGCUUUCGAAAGUGUUGUACAACCAACCAUUCCACGCUUUGAUUGUCACUAUGACCAUUGGAGCAUGCUUAUGGAGAACUUCUUGAGAUCCAAAGAAUAUUGGACGGUUGUUGUUUCUGGAGUAGCAGAACCAGCAGAAGGUGCUAUGCAAACAGAUGUGCAACAGACGAAGCUUGAAGAGAUGAAGUUGAAGGAUCUUAAAGCAAAUAAUUAUCUCUUCCAAGCUAUUGAUCGCUCAAUCUUGGAAACCAUUCUUUGUAAGGACACCGCCAAGCAUAUUUGGGAUUUUAUGAAGAAGUAUCAAGGUAUAACAAGGGCUAAGAGGCAGCAACUUCAAGCACUUCGUUCGAAGUUCGAAAUGCUUCGAAUGGAAUCAGGAGAGUCAGUUACAGACUAUUUUUCAAGAUUGAUGGCAAUCGUUAACAAGAUGCGAAUCCAUGGCGACAAGACAGAGGAUGUUUCCAUUGUUGAGAAGAUUCUUUGA